CAUGGCUGUAGGACUUCAUUUUCAUAAAUAUUGAUAGAUUUGUUUUACAAUAAAUCACAUUUUCUGAAAGUACUUUGAUUUUAACAAUAUUCGCUUCGAAAAUAACUAUAUACAACGUCGUGAUUAUUAUGACUUUGCAGAAGAUAAUCGUCAGGAGACUGUCAUCUGUAAAUAUUCCUAUGCAUACAGGAGCUGAUAGUUUAAACAAACCGUUAUUUGAUGUUCCUAUUAAAAAUGGACCAACUAAUGUAUCAACAAAAAAGAACAUAGGCAAUGGUGGACUUGAGCAAAAACCGUCAUUGAAAAAACUUCUUUCAGAUCUAGCAGGACAAUCAAAUGUUCACGGUGUAUCUUAUCUGGCUGGGUCUAAAUCAGCGCCUUUGAAAUGUGUUUGGACAGUCGCUUUUCUUGGUCUUCUGUCAUUCGCCGUGUACCAGCUUUAUACCAUUGGAAUGAUUUAUUAUUCUUAUCCUGUUAAAACCAACGUGAAGAUGGAAUUCAAGCCUCUUCCUUUUCCAGCAAUUACUAUUUGUAAUAUGAACACAAUACGCAUGUCCAAAAUACAUGAAAUCAAAAGUGAAACAUUGCAACAGAUUCUCAAUGGAACAUACGAACAGCCAUCACCAAAUUAUUCAACACAUGGUUCCAGACAGCAACCUAAGACAACCUCGAUUACCACAUCUGGUCGUACAGCGUCAUCAGCAUCCACAACUACUGCCUCAUCAGCAUCCACAACUACUGCCUCAUCAGCAUCCACAACUACUGCCUCGUCAGCCUCCACAACUACUGCCUCAUCAGCAUCCACAACUACAGCGUCAUCAGCAUCCACAACUACUGCCUCAUCAGCAUCCACAACUACUGCCUCAUCAGCAUCCACAACUACUGCCUCAUCAGCAUCCACAACUACUGCCUCGUCAGCCUCCACAACUACUGCCUCAUCAGCAUCCACAACUACUGCCUCAUCAGCAUCCACAACUACUGCCUCAUCAGCCUCCACAACUACUGCCUCAUCAGCAUCCACAACUACUGCCUCAUCAGCAUCCACAACUACAGCGUCAUCAGCAUCCACAACUACAGCGUCAUCAGCAUCCACAACUACUGCCUCAUCAGCAUCCACAACUACUGUCUCAUCAGCAUCCACAACUACUGCCUCAUCAGCAUCCACAACUACUGCCUCAUUAGCUUCACAAUCUACCUCUUAUCCGGGAUCUACAUUCGUAGUACAAUCACCUCGUGAUACUUCUAGAUCAGAUAAUUCUACCACCAUGACCACCACCGCAAGUGAUCCGGAUCACAAAGAUUAUGGAUUUGAUAGUGACUUUUGGGAUUAUUGGGAUUAUGGAGUCAAAGAUACAAAUUAUGAUUACUCUUGGGAUCUGUGGCAAGAUUACUACUCAUCUCCCUUGAAUCACGAUGCUACUCAGUAUGAAUAUUUUUUAAAAGAAUACUUGCAGAUUGACAGGAAAGAAAAAAAGGAAGUUGGUCAUCAGCUGAAAAAUAUGCUUCUCGACUGCCAGUUCAAUGGAAGAAAAUGUGACCCAUCAAUUAAAGAUGUUGUUACCUAUGAAUACGGUAACUGUUUUACAAUCCAGUCAUCAAAGUUUAUUGCUGGAAGUACCGGACCACGAAGCGGAAUGGUGCUUACCAUUAAUUUAGAGAAUCACGAGGCAGUAGAAGAUCUUACUGAAGGAUAUGGUAUGAGGAUGGUAGUUCAUGAACCUAAAAGCUUCCCAUUACCGCUGGAAGAGGGAUUGACGGUAUCAGGGGGAUAUGAGACUUCAAUAGGAUUAAAAAUGACAAGAAUUGAAAGAAAAGGUCAACCUUAUGGGACUUGUGUUGAUCCCAAAGAAUACUUUAAGCAGAAUGGAAUACGCUUUUCAACACAGGCAUGCAUUCAACAAUGCUGGGAGAAUUUGGCAUAUGCGAGAUGUGAUUGUCAAGUUGGAAAUGUUCAUUCUGAAAUUGGUCGUUUCAAUGACCAAACGGAAGUUAAAAUAGAAACACCCAAAGGUUGUUUUACUGAAUCAGAAAAGAGAUGUUCUAUUGAUGUCAGAAGAGAUUUGUUAUCAGAUAUGAAUAGAUAUUGUGACUGUCCACAGCCUUGUCUGGAAAAUACUUACACUACUACAUUCUCUGGGCGGAUAUGGCCACAUGAUACUAAAUUGAGCGAACUAACUGAUCAGGCAUGUAAAACAUACGAGUUAUACAAUACAACUGGGGGUGACCAUUGUGAUUUAAGAUACUGGCACAGCUUAAGUAAUAACUUUUUGAAAGUUAAUAUCUACUUUGAAGACUUAAACUAUGAAGUUAUUUCUGAAGAGCCAUUAUAUGACGCUACACAGUUGAUAUCAGAUGUCGGCGGAUCACUUGGACUGUGCCUUGGAGCUUCACUGUUAUGCAUCUGUGAAGUGUUUGAAGCUCUGGUUAUGAUAGUUGUGGUGAUGGUAAGGAAAAUCCGUGGACGUUCAACAGUUUCCGAGGUCAAUUUAGAGCGAACUUCAUUGGAUGAAUUCAGAUCUUCGAAAGCAUAAGGAAAUACAUUGUGGCUCGAAUUUUCGGUUAUCAGUAACGUUUUCAAUCAAAAACUAACUUGAGCGGAAGUCAAUGAAUCAGUGGCAUGUAUUUGUAUUGGUUGGUUGUGGCUGUAUUGGUUUCUUUCAUUGUGUUUGUCUUGUAUAUAUCAUGCAUAUACAUACAAGAUUUAUAUGCCUAUGAAUCAACUCCCAAUUAACA